CUGCUCGUCGACGACGCCUUCACGACGCGCCGUACCCAAGAGCCCUUCGUCUGCAAGAACGAAAUCCCCAUAAUUAUGGAUCAAGGACGAGAAUCGACCAUGCUGCACUCGCAGCCGGAGCUCACGCCCCUCGAGGGUGAGGUUCUGGAGGAGUACGAGAAGUUGGCGGAUAACAUGAAGAAGCUCGCGCAGACAUUGGAAGAUCUGAGCAGUUCACCGAGCACCGAGAUCCUCGACGGCCUCCGCGAAUUGGAGCGCAAAACGAGCUUGGUCUACACCCUCCUCAAGGCUAGCGUCUACAGUAUAGUGCUCCAGCAGGAGAUGGAUUGUGGCAACCAGGAAAUGGAAUGGGGUGAGCGGCCCGGGGAUCACGAGGAGUAA